AUGACGACGGCUGUAAGCCGCAGCAUUGAUAAACAGAUUAAGGCUGACCAGAAGCGUAUGAAGAAAGAAGUCAAGCUAUUACUUCUUGGUGCUGGUGAAUCCGGAAAAUCAACUGUAUUGAAACAAAUGAGGCUUAUACAUGCCUCUGGAUUCAAAGACAGUGAAAGAGAAGGAUUCCGAGUUGUCGUAUUUCUCAACUUGUUUUCAACUGUACAAACCUUAAUAGAAGCAUUGGAAGUUUUGCAAUUAGAUAUUGCUGAUCCAUCUUUAAAGAAUUACAUACACUUGUUUUCUGAAACACCUUCAUUAGAAGAAAAUCAACCUUUUCCUGAAAUUUAUUAUGAGCCCUUGAAGCGGUUAUGGAAAGACCAAAAUAUUCAACAAGCCAUCUCAAAAGGAAACUUGUUCGCUUUGCAUGACAACAUUUCUUACUUUUUCGAAAAAUUGGAUGUGCUUUGGGAACCCGACUAUGUUCCUUCAGAUCAGGAUAUUAUUCGUUGUAGAGCAAAGACAACAGGCAUUGUCGAGACUACAUUUCAUCUUGGCCCACUUACGUAUCGUAUGUUUGAUGUGGGUGGACAAAGAAGUGAGCGAAAGAAAUGGAUUCAUUGCUUUGACAAUGUGACAGCCAUUUUGUUUGUCGUGGCCAUUAGUGGUUAUGAUCAAUGUUUGGUUGAAGAUAGAGAUUCGAAUCAGAUGCAUGAAGCACUUAUGUUGUUUGACACAACUUGUAACUCGCACUGGUUUGUAAAGACUUCCAUGAUUCUAUUGUUGAACAAGAUUGAUAUAUUUAAGAAUAAGAUUACGUAUUCUCCUAUUGCUAAAUAUUUUCCGGACUAUAAAGGUCAUGUUGAAAACUUUGAAACUGCCAAAAACUAUUUUAGAACACGGUUUGAGCGAUUGAAUCACAAGCCAAACAAGCGAGUCUAUGUUCAUUUUACAGAUGCCACAGACACAACAUUAUUGCAACAUGUCAUGAUGGCUGUUUCUGAUAUCAUUUUGAAUGAUAAUUUAAGCAGCAUUAUGUUGUAA